ACAGACCCCAAAUCUUCACUCCAAACCAGUUGAAGAGAGAAAGAGAAACAGAGGUCUUCAUUAAUAUCACUGUGAUACAUAUGACAAAACGGUAAUUUUCAGGCGUCUCUUUCCCUCUCUUGUUGGUUACGUCCAUUAUGCCUCGUCUCAAUCGAGCCGUCCACUCUUAUUCUCCCUCCUUCUUUCCCUAUAAAUCUCGCCUUAAACUUGAACUCUCUUCUAGAUCCCUACAAUGGAGAAUGAGCUGAAUUCUCUAUUUGAAAGACCAAAAAAAGAAACAUGGCAGAACACUCUUUCACUUUCUUUUCAAAGUCUUGGCGUUGUGUAUGGGCACCUAAGUGUUGCACCCCUGUAUGUUUUCGGGAGUAUGUCAUUGUCACCUAAAGAAAUUAUAUCUGAGGAAGAGUUAUAUGGACUCUUAUCCUUUAUCUUUUGGACUCUGACGUUGAUACCUCUCUUGAAGUAUAUCUUUAUAGUACUACAAGCUGAUGAUAAUGGGGAAGGUGGUACAUUUGCCUUGUACUCACUGUUGUGUAGACAUGCAAAAGUGGGCCUUUUACCAAAUUAUCAGAUUUCAAAUCACGAGCUCUUAACAGAUGAUAUGGGAAGCUUUUCUGAGAUGAAUAUGGAAUCAAAGGCAAGAAAAGUGUUUCAAAGCCAUACAACCUUUCAUUACUUGUUGUUGUCUAUGGCCCUACUUGGUUCUUGCAUGGUCAUUGAAGAUGGGGCCCUGAACCCUGCCCUUUCUGUGUUCUCUGCAUCAUCCGGACUUGAGCAAUCAGUCUUAAAUGUUCCAACUGGAUCUGUAGCAGUUCCCUUGACAUGUGUCAUCUUGAUUGGCCUCUUUGUGCUUCAGCCUUAUGGGACACAUAAAAUUGGUUCCAUGUUUGCACCCAUUGUCAUCAUCUGGCUCUUAUUUAUUGGCGGAUUGGGUCUCUAUAACAUAUUUUGUUGGAAUCAUCUAGUUUUUCAUGCGCUCUGCCCAAAGUACAUGUACAAUUUUAUGAAAACCUUGGAUCUCAAGAAUUGGGGUUCAUUGAGCAGCAUCCUUUUGUGCAUCACAGGAUCAGAAGCAAUGUUUGCAGAUUUGGGCCACUUCUCGCAAAAAUCAAUUAAGAUUGGUUUCGGUUUUAUGGUGUACCCUUCCCUUGUGUUAUGUUACUUGGGUCAGACUGCAUAUCUCUCAAGGAAUCUUGAGAAAUUUGGCACUCAUUUCAUUUCAUGUGUACCAAGAUGCAUACAUGGUCCCUUCACAGUGCUAGCCAUUCUUGCUUCUAUUGUUGGAAGCCAGGCAAUCAUCACAGGCACAUUUUCAGUUGUAAAUCAAUGCCUUGCACUUGGUUGUUUCCCGAGAGUGAAAGUGAUCCACACUUCAAAGAAUAUACGCGGGCGUGUUUACAUUCCUGAGGUGAACUGGAUAUUAAUGGCCUUGUGCCUUAUUUCCCUGGUUGCUUUCAGGGACAUUGAAGACUUGGGAAAUGCAAUAGGUUUAGUUGUGAUAACCGGGAUGCUGAUCACAACCUGUUUAAUGCCCCUAAUAAUUACUCUACUAUGGAAAAAGGGUAUCUUCAUCGCAGCAUGCUUUGCAAUCUCUUUUGGGUCCAUUGAAGCUCUGUAUUUCUCCGCUUGCCUUUCAAAUUUCUUGAAGGGAGCAUGGAUAAUUGUUAUUCUUUCUUUGAUCUUAAUGUUUACCAUGAUAUCCUGGCACUAUGGUUCCACAAAGAAAUACCAAUAUGAUCUGGAAAAUAAAGUCUCGAUUAAGUGGCUCACCAGUUUAGGCCCUAGCCUUGGAGCGGUCCGAGUACCAGGAAUUGGUUUUAUAUACACCGACCUUGUAACAGGAAUACCAGCCUUCUUCUCUCACUUCAUCAUUAACAUUCCAGCUUAUCAUCAGGUGCUUGUCUUUGUGUCCUUUGUCUCAGUUCCAGUACCUUACAUACCUCCAGACAAGAGACACCUUAUAGGCAGGAUUUACCGGAAAGAAUAUAGAGUGUACAGAUGUAUUAUCAGAUAUGGGUACCGUGACAAUGUCAAAGACUCCAAUGACUUUGAGGAUCAACUCAUUUUUAAGCUUGGUGAGUUUAUUUCCACAGAGGAUAUGGGUUUAGAAUUGAAUUCACAUGUAGAAGGUAGAGUGACUGUGGUGGGGGACCAGAAACAGAUCAAGGCUGGUUUGAUCCCAAUAGAUGAGGCAGAUCUGAAUCUUGGUGACCCGAGUUUCGUAGAUAGAGAAAAUGGAGAUACCCAACUGAGAGAUGAUCAGUUACAGUCUGCUAUUGUCCCCGUCAAGAGAAAGAAAGUGCGAUUUGUGCUGCCUCCUGAGAGCCCUGAAAUGCCUGCAUCUGUGGUAGAGGAGCUUCAGGAAUUGUUGGAUGCUAGGGACUCAGGGACCGCAUAUCUUUUGGGUCACUCUCGCUUCGUGGUGCGAAAUGGAUCUAAUCUUCUAAAGAAGCUUCUGAUUUUAGUUUACAUUUUCCUAGAAAGGAAUUGCAGGGGACCUUUGGUGGCUCUUGACAUUCCUCAUGUUGCACUUCUCAAGGUUGGUACCCUUUACACUAUUUAAAUUGAAGUUUAUGUGCCUUGGUGUUAUUUCAGUCGCUAAAGUACAGACAGUAUGUGAAGAAAGAUGAAUGGAGUUUGGUCUGUUUUCCCUUGAGAAUUGAAACAUUAUGUUACGUCUGUAUGUUUUGUGUAAAAUAAAUGUAAAUUCUACCCUGAUGAAGACUUAGUAAAUGGUUUUUGGGAGGAGACAUCAAAGUUUAAGUGCCAGUUUUAUCUACA